CGAGAAUCGCCAUCAUCCGCGAGUGUUAUUUUUUCACCCUUCUAUAAGGAAGGCAAAAAACUGAGGAUUUUGUACUGAAUUAAGUGUUCCUAUCGCCUUAUAGUGAACAGGCGAUCGGUAGCAAGUGCAGAGUGCAUAUAGAAACGACGGGGUGCGCCGUGUUUGAAUAUAAGCUGCUCAAAAAGAAACGGAUUGGAAAAUAGUGCUAUAUUAAUUUCGGACAUCGACGGCUUUCCUUGAUGGUGUGAAUUCUGCUUUCGAAUUCCACGGGUAGAAGGAUAACAAAACUUAAAAAUUAUUUGGUGAAAAUCCGUGCUUGUAAAAGUUUACCACGAAUCGCAAGUUGCUGGAGCCCCGCAGUUCACCAAAGAGCGGAAGAGAGUGUUGUGGGCAACAAAGUGUUUUUGCGUCGCUCGUGAAGAAAAAUAAAUUUUGCUUCCAUCCGGACGGAAUUUUCGGUCGAUUUUCUUCCUCUGGAGAAAGCAACCGCAGGAAAGUCUCGGAAAAGAUUGCUUGCCGUUCUAUCUCGAACCAUUCAUUCGCCAUCAUUCAUAACGUUGCUGGAUGGUGUAAGUCAAGAGGGAUGAGUAAGGUUUAUUGAUUUGCAGUGCGAAGGAAAAAAAAAGUGUAAUAUUUUGCUUCGUUUUACCAUCGCCCCUCGGCGCCAGUUUCCUCCGCACCAGAGUGGAAGGGAAAGUCAACAGAAAAGAGAAUCUCCCUUGAGUUUGAUCGCGGAAAAUCUGGAACAGAAGUGUCAACCUAGAGGAAAAAUCUAAUUCAAGGGAAGUUACAAUCUGAGUGGAAAUUUUUCGAAAGAAGCAUAGCAUAGAGCCAAGAAAUACGAAAAAUUUACGGCCAAAAGCAAGCUAGUGCGUCCCAUAAAAGCGAAGAAAAUUGCUGCCAGGAGCCACAAUCCGAUGCACCACGUAAUAGAUAUAUAUCUGCUAAUGUUAAAUCAAUGAAAAUUGCCCUUUGAGCAAUUGCAAAUUGUGAAUCCAAUGUGAAAAAGUGUGUUGCAAUAGCUGCUGAAAUCGAGAAUCAAGUGUAAAUAUAGAUAUAUCUCCCUUUGUGUGCAAAAUCCUAUUUGUUAGUGUUGAGUGUUGAGGUGUUAACUUAAGUUAAAGUGAAACGGCGUAAACGGAACGGCCUCCGAACCAUUGUUGGCCAUUUCCCAUCAUCAUGGAGCAGGUUGGGAACUUUGAGUACAACAGCAAGGAGCUGAUAGGCCAUGGGGCCUUUGCCGUGGUUUUCAAGGGACGUCACCGGGAGACUCAUUUGCCCGUCGCAAUCAAAAGCAUCACGAAGAAAAGCCUCGCCAAAUCUCAGAGUCUGCUCGGCAAAGAGAUCAAGAUCCUGCGGGAGCUGAGUGCGUUAAAACACGAAAAUGUCGUCACACUGCUGGCCUGCACCGAAAAGGACCACAACGUUUACCUGGUGAUGGAGUACUGCAACGGUGGUGACUUGGCGGAUUAUUUGGCCGCCAAAGGAACACUCAGCGAGGACACGAUACGACUGUUUUUAUGUCAAUUAGCAAGUGCAAUGAAGGCAUUAUAUGGCGUCGGCGUCGUCCAUCGGGAUCUCAAACCACAAAACAUCCUGCUCUCCCACGGCUGUGGAAAACAUUUUCCGGCACCCGCAAAAAUCACCCUCAAAAUAGCCGACUUUGGUUUCGCCCGGUUUCUCCAGGAUGGUAACAUGGCGGCAACCCUUUGUGGGUCUCCCAUGUAUAUGGCUCCAGAAGUGAUUAUGUCACUGCAAUACGACGCUAAGGCUGACCUAUGGUCACUCGGGACCAUCGUUUUUCAGUGCCUGACUGGUAAGGCACCAUUCCAAGCCCAGACGCCACAGGAGCUGAAGAUGUUCUAUGAGAAGAACGCAAACUUAGCCCCAAAAAUUCCACCUGGGACGUCGAAAGAGUUGACCGACUUACUGAUGGGACUGCUGCGACGGAAUGCCAAAGAGCGAAUGAACUUCGACACAUUCUUCAACCAUGCCUUCCUGCAGCGACAGACCACACCACAUAAUAGCGAAACCCCUCAAUCGUCAGGUGGUCUACAAAACACACCCGGUAAAGUUACUAGUCCUCAUCAGAAAACGGCCAUGUCACCCCAGCAGCAACACCAGCAGCUACUCUUACGACAGCAGCAGCACCAAAAUCAACUCCAGCAGCAACAACUUCUACUUCAGAAACAACAGCUACAGCAACAGGAGCAGCAAAAGAAACAAACCUUGGAAAAUAAUAACGUGCCACUAGAGAUUGACGACAGUGUUGCGACGAUCGCAAGCGCGAAUAACACUUCCAAUAGCAGUCAGGACAAUUCGGACGACUUUGUGCUAGUGCCGAACAAUCUGCCGGUAGAUCCAUGCAGUGGAAACUAUGAUAAGAGCAAACCAACUAGAGUGCCUCAAACAGCUUCGAACGCUCAGGCGAGUCCACCGCGACCUAGCUCGCUUCCGAUAUCAGAACCGAAGCCCGUUCCGACGUCAGCUAGGAAGAUUUCCCGACAACAAAGUCAGACACCACCAAAGAACAUCCCCAAUGCAAUACCUCGAUCUCAGCCGAUCAGUAUGAAACGAUCCGAGCAUCGAAACAGCAAUUGUGAUAUCAGCUCAAUAUCUCCGCCGGCUGUGCAAUUCGCGAUCGGGACCCCUCCCACUGGUAGCCGUCGCCGUUCGACAUCCGGUGGCUCGCUAUCGGAAACGCCACCUCCACCUUCCUGUUGGACAGUGAGUCCGGCAUCGCACCACUCACCACUGCGUCGCUCUGGCACCAGUUCACCAGUAUUAUCCAAUGCCCUCUCGAAGCUUCCGGCUCUCGGUAGUCCAACGUUGCUGACCAACGACAACAACAACACGCAUCCUUUAGGAUCCCGGGCCUUCACCCUGCCGGAAAUGGGUCCAACGGCUGGCCUCGGAAGUUACUUACAUGACACCAACAUGGACGAUCAUCCGAUCAACUUCCACGCACCGGAACUGCCAGCCGAAACGCUGAUGGAUCGUGAACAUAAUGAAACUGUGGCCAAGCUGAACUUCGUCAUCGCUCUAACAGACUGUAUCCUGGAGGUAGCAAAUUCUCGCUGUGAGCCACUGUCGGCCCUGAUGUCGGCCGAUGCCCAACCCAUUGCCCCGCACGCUCCGGAACACUGUAAACGAGCCGAACGUUUGGUUCUGCUGGUACGAGCUCUCAAUCUGCUGUCGUCCGGGAUGCAUCUGGCAUCGUCCAACUUGCAGAGUGGACAGCUGAAACCGUCGGAUACGGUGAAGAAUGUUCUAUCUAUGAUGCAUACGCGAUACCGUUCAACGUUGUGCGAAUCGAAGAAGUUGAAUGGAGCUGGUCUACUCCAGCGGGCCGGAGCUAGCAAUAUUACGGCUGAUAAAAUCUUAUACGAUCAUGCGAUACGAAUGUGCCAAACGGCCGCAUUGGAUGAGCUGUUCGGCAAUCCGGAGGAUUGUUUCAGUCGGUACCAGUCGGCCCAAAUUCUUCUCCAUUCACUGGCACAAAAAUGUAGUCAUCCGAAGGAUAAGGAGCUCUUAUCUACAUACAAAGACGCCGUCGAGAAGCGUUUGUACAUCCUGCAACAGCAGGGCUACAUCUACGAGCGGUCUUGAACUAGCGCUCUGCAGACGCUCAGAAGACGUCUGUCGAAAAUCUUCUGACUAGAUGCUCCGGAGGCUGCUGUGGCAGCUAUAGCUCCCGCGUGGAGUGAGGUCUGAACGGACCAUCAUAGCCUGGAUGGUCGUCAUCUACAUAUGAAUAAUCAGCAAAUGUGGAAUGUGUAUGAAUGAGUCUACCUAUGAAAGUGAUCGUGAGUUCGAAUGUAGAUUUGAAUCGUUGAGUUAUGGAAACCUAACUUCGAAGAGAUGCUCUGAACGUGCAACUAUCACUUGAUAUAUGCGUGAGAUUUGUGAUGAGCCGUAGGAUUUAUUUAUUAAUUUACUAUGAGUGUCAUUAGUGGGAGAAAGUUUCCUGGAAGUGAUAGCAUAUUGUGGGCCGAGCAUUGCUGUAAAUACGAUGAAAUCAACUUUUUAGAAGUCGAGUAAAAGGAAUAAACUGAUCAUAGUUGACCAAUUGGUGAGAUACAUCAACAACAAGUAUUGAGAAGAAAUAGUUAAUUUUUAAUUUCAUCGUGGUAUAAGUACAUUGUUGAUAUGUAAAUAAAUAAAAAAACGCGGAAAUGUACAAAGGUUGCUUCAAAGUUUAGAGGAUUGGCUUAUGUAUGAUUCGCAGUACAUGCUUUAGGCUUGAAGUAGAAUGUUAGAAGCGCAUCCACGUUCAUGGGGAGCGAUCUCAUUGGUUUUAGGCUUACCUGCUUCCUACGUAGUGUUGGACAAACUUAAAACAUCAUCGUUCGUAUCAGGAAUUAAAGUUUCAUAAUUUGCUUAAAACGUUGUUAGUCGUUACCGAAACUAUGUCGACACACUUCCUGUAAACUUUGCCAUUAAUGACACCGGGUUCGCAAGUUCAUAAGAAUUUUUGCUCCCUUAUGGUAUGUCUGAAAAAUUAUUUACAUCAUUAUUUCGUGCUUACGCAGUAUCCCUGACGCAAAUGUUUCAUCCUGAUGUGAUGGACGAUAUGUCUUGUCUGAAACAGCUCUGUAGUCAGAGGGUUCUUUUAUAGGGACAACAAUCGAGUAAAUGCGCUGACAUGCCAUCGGGUUACGACUUCACCUGUUCAAAUGAAACCAACAACAAUAAAAGUGUUUCAGUUCGUUCAAAUUAUCUGGAUGACGAAUGUUUUGUUCUACUGUUUGCUUUUGGUUCGAACACAGUUGUCGAAGCGUUUUGCUUGUUUAGGUAACAAAAGCAUUUCGAUCCAGUCUCACUUUUUUCUAUCUUUUUGUGUAUUUGUCCCAAAUAACCUACGUUCCAUACAUCUGUCAUCCAGUAGAACACAGAUAGAGGAGUCAUUACAACCAUACCAAUAUGAUAAAGUAAAACGUAGUACCUAAGUACAAAAAUAUUUAAUUAAACCAACUCCCCAACAUGUAAACGAAAUAGCAAAUGUAAUCGCAAGUACGGUAUAUGAGCUGUCAUUAAUGAUACUGUGACAUUUCGCCAUGUGGUGAUCUUUGAAAUACUCUCGUUUAGAUAAUCCAACAUAAAUCAAAGACACAACGCGAGUUUGCAUGGUCGAAUUUCAACCCGGUAUACACUUUUUAGUUAUAGCCUGGAACCGAAAGGCUACCACACUAACAAUGUAAGACAAAUUUAAUCUUAACCAUCAUCAUCGGGUCAGUGACAAUGAAUCAUACACACAUCUAUCGUAUAAGAGAUUAUUCAAAAACAAUCUAAAGUCCCAUUUUCAGAGCCGACGUGCAAAGAGAUGGUUAGAUCGUAAAACAGUAAAAGUGAGCAAACCACACGUACCCAACCGAGAGUGGGAAACAUAGUAAAACAAAAGAUAAUCCAAUAUUAUUGCAUGAUGAACACAGAAAAGAAAAUACAACCAAUCCAACAUAAAACAUAUGUUAGAGGAAAAGUCUAUAAAAGAAAUGAAAAAGAGAAAAUUAUCCAUGAAUCAAUAAUAAAAAAACUGUAAUAAAAUGUAA